AUGUUCAUUUAUCUAAUCACCAACCAAACCUACAAUCCAGCGGGAGUCAGCACAUUCUUGAGUGACUUUUCCCAAACAAAGAUUCAACAAUAUUCUGCGUCACUUGGAGAUUUUUCAGAUCUGAACUGUACCGAUAAAGAUGGCUAUUUUGCCUGGUCUUUCGUGAAGGCGUGGCUGCGUCAAAUCCUAAAGAGCUCGUCGUUCUACAAAGACUAUGCUUUCGAAUGCGUGCGUUCCGGGACAACACCUGCGAUGUGGAGGAGCUGGGUUGAAAUGCGAACAACAACACCACCACCAACAACAACAACAGCCACACCAUUAGUAAUACUUCCAGGUGGUGCCCUUCCAGUCGCACCAGUGAUUAUACCAUAUCAGUCAGAUUAUGAAGAAACAGAAGAGCAUCUAGAAGAGUCUGUGUCUUCAUUCGAGAGCAUGUCCAUCAUGAACCUUUGA